GCAGCACAGGAGGUUAACUGAAUUACCCUGCAAUGACCAAAAUACCCAACAACGACGUGUCAAUGUUCAAUUGGUGAAACAAAAACGGAUUUUCUCGUUUUUUUUUUUUUAAAAAAAAAAAAGAGAAAAAAGAGGACAAGGACGAAAAAACAGGUGGUGGGGCGACGGCAUGCGUGCUGAAAGCAAGAGCAGCGACCAUAAUAGCAGUAUAAUACAGCCCGUUAGGCGGCUGGGCGUGCUAACCUCCCACUUCUCGCCGUAUCAUACUUCCAUGGCUUCCGAGAAAGAGGCGGCUCUUGCAGCUGUUCCCUCCGAUUCUCCGACAAUAUUCGACAAAAUCAUUAAUAAGGAAAUCCCAUCUAAAGUGGUUUAUGAGGAUGAUAAGGUGCUUGCUUUUAGGGACAUUGCUCCCCAAGCUCCUACACACAUUCUACUUAUUCCAAAGGUUAAGGAUGGUUUAACUGGACUCUCCAAGGCCGAAGAGAGACACUGUGAGAUUCUUGGCCACCUUAUUUACACUGCCAAGCUCGUUGCUAAACAGGAAGGCCUUGAAGACGGCUUCAGGGUUGUGAUCAAUGAUGGUCCAAAUGGCUGUCAAUCUGUUUAUCACCUCCACGUGCACCUCUUUGGAGGACGACAGAUGAACUGGCCUCCGGGCUAAAAUGGAGCUAUGGUUGAUUUUGCAUGGGGUGGACAAAGACCCCGCAACAUGGUUAUAAGCCUCCUCUUCCACCUGAAUCAUUACUUAUAUUAGAAUAAUUGAAGUGUGUUCUGUUAGUAGCUACAUCUACUUGGUGCAUUUUAGAAACAAUGCUAAUUGUGUUGUAAUAGACUAAUGUGUGGAGGUAUGACAACCAUUGUAAUUGGGCAAAGACCAUAUUUCCUUCUCUUCUAAGCAUAUAUCCAUAUUAAGAUUUUUCGUGAACCAAA